AUGCAAGAGAACUUCAACGCAAAAACACCCGAUCGUGAAGGUAUUGCCUAUUACUCGUACGGUGCCACAGUGAACCCGAGGUUCUGGAGCAUGUUCCGUCAGAGCCACAGGAUCAUUCAGAAACUGGAGGGUGAGAAUGAUGGGUUAGUCAGUGUCAAGAGUGCGAAAUGGGGCACUUAUAAGGGCACGCUCAAAGAUGUCAGUCAUCUGGACAUGAUCAACUGGACGAACAGGCUGCGUUGGUUCUUGUGGGAGCUGACUGGAAACAAGAGAAAGUACGUUUUGAUUCAGCUUGUGCAGUUCGUCGAGAGCAUUCGGGAUAGUACUAACAUAUCCGAUUAUAGUUUCAACGCAAUCGCCUUUUACUUGGAUAUUGCUGGUCAGUCUUGGUGA